GCGGCAGAUCGAUGAAUAUACCGCUGCAACUGCAGAGAAGGUAGCUAGGGUGCCAAUAAUGGCGUCUCAGACUACCUGCAAGUGCGAUGGUCCCGGGGGCCAUGCGUGGCACCUAUUCUCCCUGCUUCUGCUGCAAAUGGUGGUGCUGGUGAUGGUACUUCUGCCGGGAGUCCGUGGAGAAGGCUCGGCUGGGAGUGAGAAAAUCUCGGCCAUCUUCAUGUUCGGCGACUCGAUCGUCGACCCCGGCAACAACAACCAUAGGCUGACGGAGGCGAAGGCCAACUUCCCGCCGUACGGGCAGGACUUCCCCGGUGGCGUUGCCACCGGGAGGUUCUCCAAUGGGAAGGUCCCCGGGGACCUGCUAGCUUCUAAGUUGGGUGUUAAGGAGCUACUGCCUCCUUACCUUGGUGACGAUCUUCAGCUAGAUGACCUACUUACUGGUGUGGCCUUUGCUUCUGGAGGCAGUGGAUAUGAUCCGUUGACAUCCACAAUCUCGACAGCCAGGUCGAUUGCCGAGCAACUUGAAUUAUUCGUUGACUACAAGGAGAAGCUAACUGCAUUGGUUGGAGAGGAGGAGAUGACACGUGUUGUCUCUCAAGCUGUCUUCUUUACAGUCAUGGGGGCAAAUGACAUUGUAAAUAAUUAUUUUUCUGUUCCUUUGAGACGCCACCAAUAUGACCUUCCUUCUUAUCUGGACUUUCUCGUCUCUUCGGCGAUCAACUUCACCACGACUCUGAAUGAUAUGGGAGCUAAGAGGAUUGGAUUUGUUGGCGUUCCACCAUUGGGUUGUUGUCCUUCACAAAUAACACUUGGAGGAAGUCCAUCAAGAGAAUGCGAGCCAUUAAGGAAUCAAGCAUCAGAAUUAUUUAAUUCGAAAAUUUCAAAGGCAAUAGAUCAACUAAAUGCAGAACGAAAUGUUUAUGGAUCAAAGUUUGCUUAUAUCGACAUAUACUACAAUUUACUCGAUCUAAUUCAGAACCCUGCUUUUUAUGGUUUCAAGGACGUGAGCGAAGGUUGCUGUGGUAGCACAGUGUUAAAUGCCGCCAUAUUCAUUGCGUAUCACAGUGCAUGUCCAAAUGCCAUUGAUUAUAUCUUCUGGGACGGCUUCCAUCCUACCGAGAAGGCCUACGACAUUGUAGUGGACAAGCUCAUCCAGCAAAACAGGAAAUAUCUAAUUUGAAGAAACUGUCUUCCUAUACAAGUACAACGAAAAUGUAAUUCCACGCUCUAAAGUUGAUUUAAUUUUCAUUACUGUGUUUCGGACAAUUUGACCAUUCAUAUGUACUACCUUAGUUA